AUGGCUUUCAGUCGUGAAAAUACGGUCACGCCUCUGGAGUCGCAGGUCAACUGCUGCGCAUGCGCGACACCACGUGACACGCUGCUACCCCGGAAGCUGGAGUGUUUACGUUCCGCUUUUUGUGUGAGAACGUUUGAUGAAUCCAGCGGGCAAAUGUCGACGGAAGAGUGGCGGACUCUGCGUUCUGUGGUCGAGCAGCACGUCGUCCGGCUGCUGGAGGAGCGAGGAGACCUGGAAGUGCCGCAGCUGAAGCGGAUGGUCCUGGAGCGGCUCACCGCUGUCGUGGAGCACAUUUUCACCGAGUACGAGGCUGAUGGAGCGGCCGCAGAGGCUCCACCCCGGACACCUCGGCCUGAUCGUCAUGCUCCAGAAGGUCAUGGAGACGUGGUGCACCGCUGCCAAGAGUGUGGGAAGCGUACAGACAAGCCUUCCGAGGAGCUGGAGCCUUUGUGCGACCUGUGCGGGAAUAAGCGUGCCUCUGUUCGACCCCACGUGGAACAAAAAGGAGCAAAGCCGCAUAAGCGUGACCUCCGGGUGGAGGCGGUGCAGGCGAGGACGCAACAGGCGUUGGUGUGCAAGGAGUGCGGCAAAGACUUUCCCAGGAAGAGCUCGCUGGAGCGCCACGUGCGAGUGCACGCCGGCGACAGGCCGUUCAUCUGCGAGUACUGUGGCAAGACCUUCAUGGAGAAGGCGGUCCUCAAGCGGCACCUGAAGAAGCACACUGGCGGAAGGCCUCGCAUCCACACGUGUGACGUGUGCGGUAAGAAGUUCACAAUGAGUCAACAUCUGCACGUGCACAAGAGGAUCCACACCGGCGAGAAGCCGUACACCUGCCAGGUGUGCGGUAAGAACUUUCGGCAGGUGGGCAACUUGGACUCGCACAUGAAGAUCCACACGGGAGAAAAGGCGUUCAUCUGCAGCCUCUGCGGGAAGAGCUUCCGCCAGAAGAUCUCGUUGGAGACACACGAGAGGUUCCACAGGAAGGACAAAGUCUACAACUGCCACGUGUGCACCAAGAGCUUCGUGCAGAAGGUGGACCUGAAGCGGCACAUGCUGACGCACUCGGGCGAGAAGCCGCACGUCUGCGCCGCAUGCGGCAAGCGGUACCAGGAGAAACGCUCGCUGGACGCGCACAUGAAGGUGCACGCUGCCACCAAACGUCCGGUUGUCACCUGUGAAGGUGACGCGGACUUGCUGCAGCUGUGAGCCAGGACCUCUGGCCUGCUAUGACACGACACAGAUGAAGGCCGUCAAAUGAAUGAUGGCGGCACUCUAGGCCUGGCAGGCAGGAAGACGAUGCAUUCCAUUCCGGAAAAGGGAAUGAUCUUCCGUGUGUACAUAGACGGUACAGUUGUAGCCAGGUGAGAAGAAGACGUGUCAAUAGUUUAUUUUCAUCAGUUGCCAGAAGGCAUUGAAUGAACAGACGAGACAUUGCCAUCAAUUGACCACCCGUUACCUUCUUCCACGUACUCGUGCACACGCUUCCUGAAGGGACUCUGGUGGUAGGUUGUUCCAAACAUCUUGGAGAGCUAAGCACACAUCUUCUGUAGACACAGGCCUCCUUAAACCUUCUGUUUCUUGGUCCCGGACACACUCCAUGUUGAGAUCAGGGCUCUGGGGGGGGGGGCAUGUCAUCACUUCUAGGACUUCUUCUUCCUCUUCACGCUGAAGAUAGCGCUCUGUGACCAUGGCUGUAUGCUUGGACUCAUUGUCCCUCCUGGUCCCGAUGCAUGUGUGGCCAAUCAUGCACCUCCCAGAUGGAUAAACAUCUGCUUGUAUUUGGAGGACACCCUUAACCCCGACCACAUCUUCAAGUCCGUUUGCAGAAUUACAGCCCAAACUUGGGAGGAACCUUCUGGAUGCGCCAGAGUUGCCUGCAGACAUUCGGCCCUUCAGCCACACUGCCUUCUGUCACAAAUGUAUUUUGGUCCUAUUCCAUGGAGUCAUCAUAAAACAGGCGCUUUGUACCAAAUUGUCAGUUCUCUUCUCAGUUGUGACAUUUCUUUCCUGGUGACUGGCUGUCUCGCCAGUUCAGAAAGAGUGAUGCCCAGGGUGGUGGGAUCGGGCCUUAGGAACCAAGACCGGGACUCGGUUGAGCAGCAAGUAGUAAAGCUUUUGCAGGACAAAGGUAUUAAUACACAGAAAUAAAACAUGACAACCUGUCACCCUCUACCCAGAAAGACAAAGGAAACCAGCAGCAAUGAUUAGAGAUUUGCCAACAGCUUAUUGCCACGAGGAAAGAUGCUUAAAGGAACAAAUGCACAUCAAACACUUAACCCAGAUUAGCGCUGACAUUGCAGAGAGAGCCAGAUACCUACGUCAAGAAAAUCCAAUCCAGUUGUAAAGAAAAUGAAAUGGCAAUCCAGAAGAAGCCAGAGUGUUAUUGGAAGGAGAAUAAUAGAUAACAUGCAAUUAAUUGAUCCCCAAACAGGAAUAACUAGAACUGGAGGAAGAGGUUGAUCCGGACAUCAACUUCUUUUACUACACGGAACAAUACAAUAAUAUCCUUCAUAUUGGCAACAAGUUAUCAAUUAUCCAUAUCAACAGUAUGUAUGCAAAUUAUAAUAACGUCAUUUUAAGGAAGCUUUCAAAGUCAUUCAGGAACAUGGAUAAACUCUGACC